GGGCGGGACUUCCUGUGUCAUGGCGCUGACGCGCCAAGCGUUAUUGCGUUGCUGAGAGUCCCGCGCUGAUAGAUCACCUUUGUUUCGGUGACUUCUGCCUACUGCAGGCUGCAUUCACAGGAUCCUCGGAGACCUUCGAGCCACGCAAUGGAAAUGUGUGAUUAUUUAGGACCCAGUGACCUUUGAGGAUGUAGCUGUGAACUUCACCAUAGAAGAGUGGUCUUUGCUGAAUUCAUCCCAAAAGAAGCUCUACAGAGAUGUGAUGUGGGAAACAUUUAUGAAUAUGACUGUUAUAGGAAGAACCUGGGAUAACCAGCAAAUUGAACGAAUGUACAAAAAUUGCUCCAGGAAUCUAAGAAAUGAAGAAGUAGAAAAAUAUUAUCAGUGUAAAGCUUGGAAACAACAGGAAGAAUUAUUCCUCUGGACUCCAGAUACUAAUGUGGACAUGCAGCAAGCUGCUGUAAAGCCAACUGAAAGCAGUGCUUGUGAAAAGCCCCCGAGUGGGCAGGUGACCCUAAAUGUGCCCAUCAUAGCUCACACUGGGCUGAAGCCACAUGAGUAUUUAGGAUCUGAGGAGAAGCUGAAUAAAUGUAAUGAUUUCCAGUCCUUUCAGAAGUGUGCAAGGACAGAGAGUGGAGAGAAACCCUAUCAAUAUGAGCGGUGUGCAAAAGCUUACUCUGAUCUUAGUGAAAGACCUCAACCUGGAGAGGAAACCUCUGUAGGUAGGAAAGGUGUGAAAGCCUCCAGCACACCCAGUGGUGUUCAAAUCCGUGAAGGAAAGCACAGUGGGGAGAAUCCAUAUGUAUGCAAACCUUGUGGGAAAACUUUUAUUUCUUCAUACCAUACUCAAAGACAUGAGAGAAAACAUGCUGGAGAGAAGACCUGUAUAUCUCAGGGAUGUGUGAAAGCACUAGCUCAUUGUAAUUCCUUUCAAAGACUUAAAAGUAUUCACACUGGAGUAAAACCCCAGUGUAAGCAGUCUGGGAAAGCAUUCACUGCACAUGGUUACUGUAAAACUGAUGAAAGAAGUCACACUGGUGAGAAACCAUAUGUAUGUAAGCAAUGUGGAAAAACAUUCACUACACAGAGAGUUUAUAAAACACAUGAACGUAAUCAUCUAAAUGAGAAAUGCUAUGUGUGUAAGCAGUGUGGAAAAGAAUUCAUUCAUAAGUCCACAUAUCAUAGACAUACAAGAUCACACACAGGUGAGAAACCCUAUGUAUGUAAGCAUUGUGGGAAAGCAUUCCACACAUAUAGUCACUGUCAAAGACAUGAAAGAAUUCACACUGGGGAGAGACCCUAUAUAUGUAAACAAUGUGGGAAAGCAUUCAUUACACACAAUCAUUUUCAAAUACAUGAAAGAACUCACACUGGGGAGAAACCCUAUGUAUGUAAGCAGUGUGGGAAAUCUUUCACCCAACAGACUAAUUGUCAUAUACAUGAAAGAAUUCACACAGGGGAGAAACCAUAUGUAUGUCAGCAAUGUGGAAAAGGAUUUGCUGAUAAGUCCACAUUUCGUAGACAUAGAAGAUCCCACACUGGUGAGAAGCCUUAUGUGUGUCAGCAAUGUGGGAAAGCUUUCAGCACACUCAGUCACUGUCGAAGACAUGAAAGUAUUCACACCAGAAAGAAACCUUAUAUAUGUAAACAAUGUGGGAAAGCAUUCACUACAGAAAAAUAUUUUCAAAAACAUGAAAGAAAUCAUACUGAGGAGAAACUUUAUGUGUGUCAGUAAUGUGAGAAAUAUUCAACAGAGUACUGGUCAAACGUGAAGAAAUUCACACUGGGAACAAACUAAGCAAUGUGGGAAAGCAUUCUGUAUACAAAAGUUCCAUCAAAUAUAAAAGACAGCACACUGGGGCAAAUUAGGCAGUGUGGGAAAGUUUUGAUGUAAGCCCUUCAUUUUUUAGACAUACUAACACUCAAGUAUAACUAUGUAUAUAAGAAAUGUGAAAAAUUCAGCUGAUACAGUGUUAAAUACAUGAAUGAGGUCACACUGAGGAGAAAGCCUAUGUAAGCAACAUGGGAAACCAUUUGGCAUAGACAGGUAUUGUCCAAUAUAUGAAAGAAGUAACACUGGGAAGAAAGCCUGUUAGAUGGCAACCUAUUUUGAAAAUCCUGUGAAAAUUACUUUCACAAUAGAGACCUGUAGAAAUAAUAUGAACAUUUUCAUAUCAGUAUUCAUUAAUUUUGUAGAAAACACUCUCCAAGAUGGAGAUAUCCCAAAGUGUGUUCACUCUGCUUUUCAGUAAGUCACUUGUAAAUAUCUGAACUAUGUAUGUGAUCUUUAGUAUAGAAAAGAGAUCGAGCUGACGUAAUCAUGUUUUAGUGUAUGCCAAUGUCUUUGAGCAUAACAUAGUGUCUCCUAGUUAAACAAGGUGCAAUGAAGUGUAUUUUUCAGUUCCAAGUGGGAUUAGUAUUUAGUAUUUAUUUUGUUUUGUUUUGUUUUUACAAUUGGGAGGAAUAGAGUACUAAAAAGUACAUUUGUUCAUUGUUUUUUAAUUGUUGGGAUUUCCUACUAGGUUUGAUUUGGAUUUUGUUGGUAUAUACACUCCAUAAUCUGAGUAAAAAGGUAUUUUUGAAUUUGAUGUUAUAUUUGAUGGUGAAUGAGAGGCUUGUGUAUGUGUUUUUGACAAAGGUCCAUUGUUUUCGCACAACUUGUAUAUUAGUAAUAUUGUGUUUUUCAUAUCCUGACAAAACACUUGCAUAUAACCCAACAUAAUUGUAUAUUAUAUCAACUACAUAGUUUUGCCUAGUUGCCUUCAUGUUGGAAUAUUAUGAUUUUUAUAAAAUUUUACAUUUCCUUAACAUGAAAAUCUUACUUUGUAUGCCUAUAUUAUGAUGAUUUUUAAUUUUGUGUUAACUUUUCCAACACUUCUAUCUAAAAAUAAACCAUAGUGCAGUGAGUUUCUGUUUACCACAGGUCAGCAAGAACAUAACAUUUCCGCAAAUGGAUAUCGGGAAUUGUAGUAAUAAAUCUCUCCAGAGGUAUAAAUGAUGGAAUGAUUUAUCAGCAACAACAUUUUCAAAGCAAUUUGUUCACAGUGAAGUUGUUUUGGAAAGAAUAAUUAUUGGAUGUGAUGAGGCAAAUGCCUUUAUUCUAUUCCCUGAUGCUGGAUUGACAUUCUCUUUGGUAAUCAAUACUGAUAAGAAGAUGAAAUAAGGGCACGAAGGAAAAGAAACAGUCAGUUUAAUAAAUAGAGGAAGUUUACUACUUUAUGAUUCAGAUUGUGCUGUUUUAACAAUUUUAGAGAUGAAUUUAUACAAUGUCUUUAUCCAUAAAGAGCGCUGAGGUAUGUGCAGACAUUCUAAAACACAUACACAGACUUACUCAAGCUGUGAGCAUGAGGCCCAGUUGGUCUCCUUUACUUAUAUUUUGCCUUUUUAACAAUGAAAUAUCUUACACAAUGUUUCUGUAUACAAAUGGUGCUCAAUUUCUGAUGGGGUUACGUUGUGAUAAACCUGUGGUAACAUGAAAAUAUAACUGAGCAAUGAAAUACCUAUAGUGCAGUAAACAUUGUAUAGCUUGCUCCAGGCUUAAUCAUGCUUAGACACAUAAAGUACCAAUGUGCCAGUGUCUAAAAUUAUGUCUACUUUAUAUCUGAAAUAUCUGAUGUAAUGCAUAGAUUGCAAUACAAUGCAGAAUACAAUGUCAA